AUGGGUGGUGCAGACGACGAUCUGGCCAAAAUCAACAAGAAAAAUCCAACAACAAUGACCGAGUACGGCAAACUGCAGACCCCGACUGUCGAUGAUCGUCUUAGCACCGUCAGCAAGGACCCCCACGAAGACGAUGUCGAAGAAGAGUCUUACGAUACGAAAUCCCCAGCAGAGAGAAUCGCGUGGGGUUUUUUCUACACGAUCGCUUCUCUUGCAGCUCUUUACUUCUUCAUGGUGGCUGUCAAGUUCAUCGGAGACGGGUUCACCCUCGCGUUGGGUUGUGACACAAAGGGUGCCUUCGACUUCGCCAACAACCCCGUAGCUGGUCUCAUGAUCGGUACCGUGGCUACAGCACUGCUCCAUAGUUCGGGUACUGUUACAUCCAUCGUCGUGGCGUUGGUUGGUUCCGGUGGUAUGACUAUUCGCCAGGGUGUAUAUGUGAUCAUGGGCGCUAAUGUCGGCACUUGUGUGACUUGUAUCAUGGUGGCGUUCGGUCAAGUGGGUGACCGUACUCGUUUCCAACGAGCCAUGGCUGCUGCUACAGUACACGACAUGUACAAUAUCUGGUCGGUGUUUGUGAUGUUUCCCAUCGAAGUGAUCUUCCAUCCUUUGGAGAAAAUGUCCGUGGCAAUGUCGAACGCCAAGACCAGUAGUGGAGCAUUCAACAGUCCCGUGGAUGCCAUUGUAAACCCGUUGACUCAGAAGCUUCUUUCGGUCGACAAAAAGGCCAUUUACAGAGUCGCAACCGGAGAGACCAUGUGUACGGAAGACCAGUCGUUCGUCAAGAGUGGUGCUUUCCACAAUUCCAGCUUGAGUGACGGUAGUAUCGGUGCUAUCACUGUCAUUAUCGGCUUCUGCAUUCUGGUAUGUGCACUAUUGACGCUGGUGAAAAUGUUGGCCAAAGUGUUUAUGGGUCCAACGAAAAAACUCAUCUCCAAGUUACUCAACUACAACGGAUACAUCAACAUCUUUGUCGGUACUUUGAUCACAUUUGCCGUCCAUUCGUCGACUGUUGUCACCUCUACUCUCACUCCGAUGGCAGGUUUGGGUGUCGUGACACUGGAACAAGUGUAUCCAUUGGUGAUCGGAGCCAACCUGGGCACGACUGGGACUGCGUUGCUAGCCUCUCUCGUGACUGGGAAGGCCGACUCUGUGGCUAUUGCUCUCGUGCAUUUCUGGUUUAACGUGAUCGGGAUCUUCCUGUUCUACCCCAUCCCGGUCACACGGAAGCCGAUCCUCGGCUGGGCACGCUCGCUGGCGUUUUUCACUCAAGUGUUUGGAUGGAUCGUUGCAGCUGUCGUUCUGGUCGCCUUGGCUGGUUUUCUCCUGUGGUACAAGAAGAAAGGUGGUCGUGAAUUGUGGCUCAACUUUUUAGAAAAGAAGCGAUUAGAACGUGAAGGCAGCGACGAGCACAUUGACGCAAACCACACCGAAACGGUGUAA